AUGACAAGCAAUGAUACGGAUAAAACACCACUACUAAGUUCUGAAAUCCCGGAGAAUCCAAUCGUAUUACCUUCAUCGACGCAGCAACUGUCGUCGUCACAACUGCUGGCCAAACCGUCAUCAUCAUCAACAACGGCUUCAACUUCAUCUAUUACUCCAACACCAUCAUUAGUAUCACUAAAACAACCAACAUUAUCUCCUUCAUCUAAUACUGCUAAAACAAAUUCUAAAUUAGUCAAAUCUAAUAAAAUUGGAUUACAAAGAACUAGUAGAACAUCGCAAAAACUCAAAUUAUUACCUGAAGAUCCUGAUCUAGAUAUUAUUAAUACAUUAAGUGGCAAAGAUGGUGAUAAUGACGACGACGACGACGACGACGAUGAAAAUGCACCACCAACAAGAGUAUAUUCUCAAGUGAAGAAAAUCACUGAUACAUCAGCACGUAAAGAUGCAGAAACAUUGAAUAAACUGCAUCGUGAUUUAUUACCUAGAGUCACUGCUUAUUGUACUUGUGGAUCAUAUAGAAUGAAAGAAUUAUUACGAUGGUUAAAAGAUAAAAAGAAAAUCCAUAAUACAAGUCCUAAAUUAUUUGAUGAAUGUUUAUAUACCCCAUUCACUUAUAAAGAUUGGCGAGGCAGUAACAACAAUAAUAACGGAUCAGACACCAUUAUUAGUGAUGAUGAUGAUGCUGUGCGUAAACUUAUAAGACUCGCUGAUGAAGGAGGAGAAAUAGAUAUUGGUAAGAAAAAUGAUAUAUUUAUAUUUGAAUAUGGAGUAGUUAUAAUGUGGGGGUAUACCACUAAAGAAGAAGCAGCAUUUUUAGAAGAUUUAGCUCGAUUUGAAAGUGAAAAAUUAUCUGAAGAAGAUAUACAAAUUGAAGAAUUUAAUUAUUAUAUUACAAAAUCAUAUCAACCAAGAAUUUAUAAUGAUUUUAUUACAUUAAGAGAUGAUGAUAAUUAUAUGUUAAAAUUAUCUAUAUCUCAUGGGUUGGCCCAAUCAGUGAAAAUCUCAUUAUUUGAAGAAUUAGUCGAUAAUACCAUUGAAGAUACUCAAGAAAUCCCUCAACAAAUUGCACAUACGGGGAAAGUUGAAAUGACAAGAGAUGAAAUCAUGAAAUCUAUUGGAGAAUUAUUUAUCUUAAGAAUAAAUAUUAAUUUGCAUGGAUCAGUAUUGGAUUCACCAGAAUUAAUGUGGGCUGAACCUCAUUUAGAACCAAUUUAUCAAGCCAUGAGAGGAUAUUUAGAAAUUAAUCAACGAGUUGAAUUAUUAAAUCAACGAUUAGAAGUUAUAUCGGAUUUAUUACUGAUGUUAAAAGAACAAUUGGGUCAUUCUCAUGAAGAAAACUUGGAAUUUAUUGUCGUGGUUCUUGUUGGUGUUGAAGUAUUGGUUAGUGUUAUUAAUAUUAUUAUUGAUAUCAUGGCGUUUUGA